AUGGAUGAAAAAUGUGAUUGGAAGAGAAAAUCUCACAUCUCUCUUUCCAUCACCUCUCUUUCUCUCUCACAUUCUUUGAAGUUUAUUUGCGUUGUUCCUAUCGUUGGUCUGGGUUUUGGCCAUUGUUUUGGAGCAUUAACUUUUCUUAAAUUUAUUGAAAUGGAUAUUGAAAGGACAGAUCAAUUGAGUUCUUAUGGAAUGAUUGGCGAUGAAAAAUUUGUAUGUCAAUAUGUAUUAAAACACACAAGCAAGGGUAUUUGGUUUGGAGACAAUCCCCUCUACCAAGACACAUCUGUCUUAUUUAUUCAAAUUAUUGUUAUGUACAUUGUCGGCAGAAUCAUUUAUCUCUUGUUAAGGCCUUGUCAUCAAACCUUUCUCAUUUCACAGAUUGUGGCUGGAAUCAUAUUGGGUCCUUUAUUUCUAGGUCAACACAAUUCAAGUUAUGAGAUGAUAUUUUCAACACCAAGCCAAAUGACACUCACAACAUUUGCAGAAUUUGGCAUGAUAAUCCAUUUCUUUAAGAUGGGGGUGCAAAUCAAUCCCAAGCUAAUCUUAAAGAUAGAAAAACAAGCCGUAACAAUUGGUCUAAUAGGCCACAUGUCUGCUAUAGCACUUGGUGGUGUAAUUUUCAAUAUUGUUAAAGUAAUGUACCCUGAAGGGAUUAAAGACACUGAUGUUCAUGUUUUAGUGAUAUCAUCUUCGGUCACUACAUUUCCUGUUAUUAGUGGCUUCCUAGCUGAGAUGAACAUUCUUAAUUCAGAAAUUGGACGCAUGGCUAUAUCCACUUCCAUGGUUAGUGAUUCAUGCAUGUGGAUAUUGUAUUUUGUGGUAAUCAAUAGUGCUAAAGCAGUAGAACAACAAACAUAUAUACCUGUUACAGAAAUAGCUGUGACAAUUUGUUAUUUCUCCAUCUUAUUCUUUUUUCUAAGGCCAUUGGUUAUAUGGAUCUCCAACCGUAAUCCACAAGGAAAGCCUAUGACAGAAAGUCAUUUCUUGUCAAUCAUUUGUAUAUUACUAUUUGUUGCAUUUUCUGCAAGUGUUGCAGGACAACCUCCUUUCCUUGUUGCAUUUUGUUUUGGCUUGAUCUUGCCAGAUGGUCCCCCUUUAGGUUCUGUUUUGGCUGAAAGACUUGACACUAUUGGUUCUACUUUAAUGGUUCCAUCUUAUUGCACUAUUACUGGCCUCAGGACCAAUGUUCCUUCAUUAGUAAAAUCCAAGACAAUAACCAUACAAGUUAUCUUAAUUGCAACGUAUGUAGGAAAGUUUGUGGGAACCAUUUUACCAUCGCUUCACUUUCAGAUUGAAUUUUGGGAUUCUUUUGCACUAGCUCUAAUCAUGUGUUGCAAAGGCCUUGUUGAUCUCUGCAUGCUCAACAUGUUAUUAAAUUCUAAGGCAAUAGAAGAACUACCUUUCACCCUUGCUAUAUUUACUAUGGUGGUCGUAACUGGAUUUGCAUCUAUAGUAGUUCAUUACAUAUAUGAUCCUUCAAGGAGGUAUAAAGCCUAUAUUAGAAAGACAAUUAAGGGUGGUCAACAUGAACCUGAUAUCAAAAUACUUGUCUGUGUUCACAACGAAGAAAAUGUAUAUCCAAUCAUCAACCUUCUUCAAGCCUCCAACCCUACAAAGGCUACACCCAUUUCAGUCUUUGUCAUACAUCUCAUGGAGCUCUCAGGCAGGGCAAUUUCCACUCUCACAAAAAGUAAAAGUACUAACAAGUCAUCUCAACACAUAAAAAAUGUCUUUGAUCAAUUUCAAAUGCAUAAUAAAGAGGGUGUCAUCUUGCAAUGUUUCACUGCAAUUACCCCAUAUGUAAGCAUGCACGAUGAUAUAUGCUACAUGGCAAUGGACUCCAAAUCUAACAUUGUGAUUAUGCCAUUUCAUAAGCAAUGGUCCAUGGAUGGAAAUGUUGAGUACUCCAAUGCUUCAAUUAGGAUACUAAACCAAAAUGUUUUAAAGAAAGCUCCUUGCUCAGUUGGAAUCUUUAUAGAUCGAAGCCAAAUGAGAGGCAAACUCUUAAUCAUAUAUGAGAAGUCACUUUGUGAAAUUGCCAUGGUCUUCUUAGGUGGAGGUGAUGACCAAGAAGCCUUGGCUUAUAGUUUACGUAUGGCUCAACAUCCAAAUGUGAGACUAACAGUGUUUUGGGUAACAAUUAAAAUGCAAGACAACCAAAGGAAAACAAAGAACCCUUACAUUGACUUGAUGGAGCACAUACGUUAUAGUAGUUACCAUGAAGGCAAAGUGACCUUCAAGGAAGAGAUUGUGGAAGAUGGAGCUGGAACAACACAAGUUAUUCGAAUGAUAGAAGGACAUUAUAGUUUGGUCAUAGUGGGUAGACAUCACAUGGCAGACUCUCCAUGUACAUUGGGCUUGACAGAAUGGUGUGAUAUUCCUGAACUUGGUCCACUUGGGAACCUCUUAGCGACAUCAGAUUUUACAUUUUCAGUUUUGGUUGUACAACAACAACCCCCCUUUAAUUAUGAAUUUCAGUAUAUUACGUGA